UUGGAUUUCGGCGGAUCGGAGGGCGGCGUUGAGUAGCACUUGGCUUCCCUCGGGUCUGACGGGUUGGUAAAUCUGGAACAUGCUACUGGAUUAGCUUUUAGAUUUGUGAUUGGAAGAACAAGAGAUGCUAAGAAAAUGUCAGAACUUAAGAAAGAAGAGGAGAAAUACCAUGAUUUCAUGCUGCUUGACAUCGAAGAAGAAUAUAUAAAGCUGCCUUAUAAAACGUUGGCAUUUUUCAAAGCAGCCUACAGACUUUUUGAUGCUGAAUUUUAUGUCAAAGCUGAUGAUGAUAUUUAUAUGCGGCCAGAUCGACUUGCAACUCUUCUUGCCAAAGAUCGGGCUCACCGGCUCACUUACAUUGGUUGUAUGAAAAAGGGCCCCGUCAUCACUGAUCCAAAGAUGAGAUGGUAUGAAAGUUCAGGUCACUUGAUUGGAAAUGAAUAUUUCUUGCAUGCAUAUGGUCCAAUAUAUGCUUUGUCUGCUGAUGUUGUAGCAGCAAUUGCAACUGCAAAAAAUGACAGCCUGAGGAUGUUCAACAACGAGGAUGUCACUGUUGGCUCAUGGAUGCUUUCUAUGAAUGUGAAUCAUGAAGAUAAUCGCGCGAUGUGUCAUACAAAAUGCACUCUCUCAUCUAUUGCAGUGUGGGAUAUGCCAAGAUGUUCAGGCUUGUGUGAUCCUGUUGACCGGAUGAAGGAGCUUCAUAAUAUUAAUAUGUGCUCUAAGAGUCCCACAUUGCCUCCGGAAGAAGUAGAGUGAAAUCAAAUUCAAUGAAAGGGCUUAUUGACAUCA